AUGCACGAAAACGCGUAUGACGUCAAAAACGUCACAGGGUAUAAAUUCCAAGCCCCUCCCCUUCCAGUUCAUUCUUGGAUUUGUUCUGAGGUAUUUUGAAGGAAGAGUGGCCGUCGAGGACUUUGAACAUUUAUUCAAAAAAUAACAUUUUUUUCUUCAAGUAAUGGACAUUUGAUUACUAUUUUUGCCUCCAGUUUGUUCCAGAGGGAAAAGCUAGUUUUUAGCUGCCACAACCCCGCCCAUAAACCAGUUUGUUCCAGCCAUAGAUUGUUAACGUUAUAAAAACAUGACGGUUAACGAUAUAAAACUGAUGUAACAAGAGAUCUGUUGCUGUAAAGCACAAUAUACAGUAGUAAUAUAGCUACUCGAGACGCUGAAGUAUUUAUAGUAAGUGUUUAUUUUCAAAGCAAUCUGAACCUAAAUUCACGAAAUUAUUAAUUGUUUAGUCGUAGUUUAAAUGUAAAGUGUGCUAGUUGUUCUCCGUACGUGGUUAGCUAAUCUUUUGUAGUUCAAAUGCAGCGAAGGCUAAUGAUUAUAGUUUAUGAGCUCACACAGGAAAGUGCAGAGUGGAAACGCUCCGGUUCUUUGUGUGUGAGACUGAAACAAAUCAACUAACACAUGUUUUAAGUUAAUCAUAAGCAAUCUACUCAUAAAGAUUGCCGUAGGAAAUAUUUUUUUUGCCUAUGAAUCUGGAUGUUUUUUAAAUCUACUAAAUAGGGGAGAGAUCCUUGGAAUUUACACCUACCGCAAUCUAUACAUAAAGAUUGCUUAGAUUGAGGAUUACGGACUUUUGGUAGUUUGCGACACUUAACGUUGUAUCGUCGAUCUAGUUAGAGCAGGACAUACAUUCCCCAGGUGUACGAUAUGUAUACGGCAAUCUAAGGAUAAAGAUUGCCUUAUUGAAAUGCGCAAGGGAGGGAAACGUAUUACAAAAGGCAGAACGAUGGUGUCGGAAUUACAUCAAAAUGGCGGGCUUGUUGUCGUUUGUCCUUGCAGAACAUGCAGCCAUAAUGGCUACUGUGUUUAUGUGGAGCGACAGUCAUGUGUUUGGCUUCCCAGAAUAGCCGAACGACUUUCUUCUCGCGGUGUCCUUAUCGCAUGUGUAGCCGUUACAGCUAUAGAUACCUUCUCGUUUUUUGUCAAUUGUAAAUUAUUCUCCGGACGUGCAAAUGUGAUAGUAUGCUAGCUGUGUUGUGGCCGGGUUAGCUGGCAUACAUUGUUCUUUAUGUUCUCGAGGCUGUUGCAGUCACGAAGCAGUUAACAAAAGAGGGCAGGGCCUAGAUGGAUUGUCCGUGUAUAACGGGUUAGUUUCCCCCCUUUAACGGCGAACUGAACUCGGUCAUUGAACGGGAUCUUUAUUCUGGUGGUAUGGUAGGGCGUGCAUUGCAAUGACAUGCCAUUUGUCAUAAAGGGCUCCCAGCUGCUAAAGUGGGGUUGUGUGUUAUUUCCCGUGUUGUGGAGUUCUGAGACUAUAUAAAACAUCUACUACAGUUAAUCGGAGAUGGCGGUGGGCCCGGUGGACCCCAGGGAGGUCCUGAAGGGAGUAGAGAACCUGCUGGGGAAAGAUGGAGAGCUCCGCAGCCUGGAGGGUGUCCCCAAAGUUUUCAGUCUCAUGAAGGGCUCUCACAAGAUGGUGAGCAGGUGUAUGUACCUGAAUAUCCUACUGCAGACCAAGUCCCAUGACAUUCUCAACCGGUUUAUCCGAGUGGGAGGCUACAAGCUGCUGAACGCGUGGCUGACCUACUCCAAGACUAGCAACAACACCCCCCUGUUACAGCUCAUCCUGCUAACGCUGCAGAAACUGCCCCUCACUGUAGACCACCUGAAACAGAACAACACUGCCAAGCUGGUCAAGCAGCUCAGCAAGACUGGAGAGACUGAGGAGCUGAGGAAGCUGUCUGCUGGGCUGGUGGAUGGCUGGAUGGCUACCAUUCGCUCCCAGAGUGUCUCCGCCACCUCUCCUGCAGAUAAGAAACGGAAGAAGGAGGAGGGGAAAGUGCCAGUCCGAGAGGUGAAGGCAGCUGAUGGAGGGAAGGCAGCGGAGGAGGAGAGGAAGAGGGAGAAGCCCAAAGCUCACGCUCCCAGCCAUGCUAAGAUCCGCUCCAUAGGCCUGGAGAUGGAUGCUCCCUCCCCUGUCCCAGUCAAGAAGCCCCCCGUGGCCCUCCAGCUGGGAGACAAGUACAACAUCAAACCAUCCCAAGUCCUCAAGAGACCCAGUUUUGGUCCUCUGGACCCUCCCCCUGUGGAGAAGAAGUAUAAACCCCUCAACACCACUCCUAACCACACCAAGGAGAUCAAGGUGAAGAUCAUCCCGGCACAACGUAAGACCUCAACAGAAAUCGCCCUUGAGGGUACAGGCUUCCUGGAUGCCCUAAACUCCGCCCCUGUUUCUCUCAUCAAGAUCAAGAAGAAGAAAGGAAGGGAAGGGAGAGACCCCAAAGCUGUCUCUCCCACGUCAAACAAGCCGUGUCCAUUCGAGGGUAAACCUCACUAUCCUUCACCUCAGGGUGGCACCAAGCCCUCUUCCCCAGAGACCCAGGUGGCCUCCACCACCCCUCCCCACGAGGUCCCAGUAGACCUGGAGCAACCCGGCACGCCCGUGCCCGCCGACGACCCAGAGGCCAUGGACACGGGCAGCGAGAAGCCCAGCGCCCUGGCUGAACCCCGCGGCGAAGAGGAGGGUCAGCUGACCAAGAAGGGCAAGAAGAAGAAGAGUGUGCGCUGGGCCGAGGAGGAGCAGCUCACACAGUACUUCUACUUCGACCUGGACGAGACCGAGAGAGGUGAGAGAACAAAAACUAACGUCAACGUCAACAAGGUCAAGGACUUUGGCGAGGCGGCGAAGCGCGAGAUGAUGAUGGACCGCCACACGUUUGAGAUGGCGAGGCGCCUGUCCCACGACUCCAUGGAGGAGCGCGUCCCCUGGAGCCCCCCGAGGCCCCUGGCCCUCACCGGCCCCCUGGUCAACGCUGGUGCCAAUAGCACAGAGAGACUCACACAGAGGGACCGCGAGACGGGCAUCCUGCAGGAGAUCUUCCUCACCAAGGAGAGUGUUCCUGACAGCCCCCAUGAACCAGAGCCUGAGGCCUACGAACCCAUGCCUCCACGCCUCAUACCCCUGGACGAGGACUCGACCAUGGUGGAUGACAGCUACAUGGAGCCCAUGGACACGUCGUCCCAGCCUGGCUCUGGCGUGGGCCCCGGGGGGGUGGAGGGCUCCAAGCUGCCCCCCGUCCUCGCCAACCUCAUGGGCAACCUGGGGGCCAACAACCUUUUGAGUAACCUAGGCAACAUUGCCCAGGGCACGCCUGGUGCCCCCGCUAACCCCUCCGUCAACGUACAGGAGUUACUCACCUCCAUCAUGGGAGCUAGUGGUGGCCAGUCUACUGAGGACCUGAUCAAGCAGCCAGACUUCUCUGAAAAGAUCAAACAGCUGCUGGGCUCUCUACAGCAGACCCAGAACCAGGGCCCCCCCACCGGACCCCCGCCCGGAGUGAGCCAGGGCCUGUUGGGCCACGGUCCAGGCAUGAACAACAUGCCCAACAUGGGCAUGCCCAUGAACGGAGUGGGGUACCCUCCUGCAGGCAAGCCCCUGGGCCCCGGAGGCCCCCAUUAUAACCAUCCUCCGCCCCCACACAACCAUGGACCCCCUGGCUUCAACGCCAACCCCCACAUGAUGGGCCCCCCGCCACCCCAGGUCCAUGGAGGAGACAACAGCAACUACUGGGGGGACGACUCGAUGAGGGGGGGUCCACACCGGGGCGGAGGGGGCCACUUCCACCGAGGGGGCCGAGGGAGAGGAGGGGAACAGGUGGGCUUCAGAGGGAGAGGACGAGGAGGGCCUAGAGGAGGACACAACAUGGGAGACAUGUCCAAGAGGCCAGUGUGUCGCCACUUCAUGAUGAAAGGAAACUGCCGUUACGAGAGCAACUGUGCUUUCUACCACCCUGGCGUCAACGGUCCUCCCCUGCCCCCCAACCACCCCGCCCACAACCAGUACAAUGACCACGGACCCCAACACGGGCACUAGACCACCAAUACACCUCGAACACAAAGACAUGACAAUACCCUGAUACUACCACUAGGUGGCAGAACUCCGAAUUCAUGAGCUGCUGGUUUAGUUUCACCACUGGAACAGAGAGACAGACAGCCCACCAGGCUAGAAAGAGAGUCAAAUGUGACCAUCAAUGUGAGAGACAGACAAGGCUGUGUCCUGCAGCUUUAACAGCUGCUCUGGUCUGGUAAUAUCAAUGUGAUAUUUCUGCAGGUCUGUUGAAGAAGCAGUUCCACUACUGUUCUCCUACUGUGUGACUGGGACUUUGAUAUGAAGGCUCACCUGUAGCAGAGGAAGAUACUGAAUAUAGAGGGCAGAAUCAGACAUUUAUCUACUACUUCCUCUUUCUCUCUCCCCACACCAACCCAAUAUAUCCCCCAAGAAAUUAUCGACUUCAUACGUCCAUUUUUGUUUGCCCUGCUCGCUCAAACUCCCUUGAUCAGGGACAGAGGACAUUGCUUGUACACCAGAAUACACAGACGCUCAUGCCCUGGCUUUGUAAAAGUAUAGGUACUGCUAUAGCUGUGAGAUGAUCAUUUAGUAUGUUUGUUUAAAUGUUUUAUUGUGAUCAUUUUUUAACACAGUUGCUUCAGGUUGAUGAAGAUGUACAGUAACCAGACACUAUGACCACUAUGACUUAUGGUUGCGGUCUGUCACUUUCCCAUAUAGCCUAUCAGCCAGCCUUGUCUAAUGCACUUGUCUCUACAUGUUUGUCUGCUACUUCAAUCAGCACUGAGCUAAGAGGUCAGCAAUGAAGAUGGCAAAUCAAUAGUAACAUCUCCAGGAUCUCCCCAGUAUUGAGUUGGACUUCUUGAAGCUAAAUUACUCUAACAUCAUUCUGUUCUGUAGUUGUGUAGCGUCACUCCUGUCCUGGCUGUGCCUAUUGGACCAUGUUCCCCUGACAGACAGGAUCUUUAGCUAACCGUCAGCUCCAGAAUGAGUCUAAGCCCCACCCUCCCUCCUGAAUGACAAUGUAGCGCUGUGGUCCCCUGAGUUUUCAAACUGUAGUCAGAAAGACGUGGCCAAAUUACAAUGGUCAGUUCACCAUUUUAAAACCUAUUUACGGCCAAGUGGCAUGCAAGAAAGACAUGCCACUUUUUCUACCGUAGGAUUUCAACAGAAAACAAGACGAUGAAUGUGAAGUCGACCAAAUAAUUGUAACAUUGUUUGAUGUUGUUUGCCAACUUCCCCAUAGGCAAGAGAGUUAUCAGUUAGGAAGCACUUUAAGAGGAAAGAUGAGGGCCAAAUCCAAGUUGUUUCCACCAGGCAGCCUGACUGACAGGACAGGACCCACCACGCUGCUUGUUCUACUACUAUCUAGCUCCUGCUCUAGAAAGGCCUGCCUCAAACAGUUCCCCCUCAAGAUCAAAUGAACGAAUGAACAGUAUUAAGAAAACGUUUAACUGAAACACCCAUAGAUAAAUGCCUACACACUGAACGAACAAACGUGUUGCAUUUUCUGAUAGUGAGUACUAAGUGAGUACUAGUGGUCAGCCUAUCACAGGCGAGGGGAACGACAGGGAAAAGCAUUGCUUGAUUUGACUGAGCCUUUUACCUAGAAGAGUACAUUAUAGUGAAUGAAGUUCUAGUCUAAUGGAAGCCUCUGUGAUUUUUAUAUUUCAACAACUGUAUAACCUGUACCACCAGGAGUAUAUAUCUCUUCCAUGUGACAAAAACGAUGGUUGGAUGCCCUGUGGCAGACACACAGUCCCCUUUUAUAGAAGUGCUUCUUCACACACAGGCCUGUAAUUAGCUUGUAUGGGCUUCAGUGUUCGGUCAGUGUUAUGUCCAACGGGGUAAAACUAAGGAAUCAUUCUCUGGGUCAACUAAUUCAAAGUGUUUUCUGUGAAAACUGUGGCCUUCAUGUCUCUUGUGGGACUAUAAUUAUGUCAAAUGUAGUUUUUGGUUGGAUUUAUUGCAUUUUUAUUUUGAUAUGAUACUGAUGAGUUGGAUCUCUCCAAUUAGGUCCAAGUUUUUGUUAAAUUCUUGUAUCCAUUUAUUUUGUACAUGUAUUAAUAAAUGUCCUAAAAUGAA